UGACGUUUCGCGACGGCCGGACUUUCGUUUGCAGCCGCCUCGAAGCAAACUUGUGAGGUGAGCGGCAACGGGGAGAUUUGUCCGGGAGCUUCGCAUGUCAGUAAGACUCGUUGGAUAACAGCUAUGACAGAUCCAGACAUUCUCACAGAGGUCCCAGCUUCUCUGAAACGCCUUGCUAAGUAUGUAGUACGUGGUUUUUAUGGUACUGAACAUGCUUUGGCCCUGGACAUUCUAAUUCGGAACCCAUGUGUAAAGGAGGAAGACAUGUUGGAGCUUCUGAAGUUUGAUCGGAAGCAGCUGCGAGCAAUUCUCAACACUCUUAAAGGUGACAAAUUUAUCAAAUGCAGGAUGAGAGUGGAGACAGCUCCAGAUGGGAAGACCACCAGGCACAAUUUCUACUUUAUUAAUUAUCGUCUACUGGUCAAUGUGGUGAAGUAUAAAUUGGAUCAUAUGAGAAGAAGAAUUGAGACAGAUGAAAGAGACUCCACCAACCGAGCCUCUUUCAGGUGUCCUAUUUGUUGCAGUACCUUCACAGAUUUAGAGGCAAACCAGUUGUUUGAACCUAAUACAGGAAUAUUUCGCUGCACAUUUUGUGAGACUGAAGUGGAAGAAGAUGAAUCUGCAAUGCCUAAAAAGGAUGCAAGAACUCUUGUAGCACGAUUUAAUGAACAAAUAGAACCUAUUUAUGCAUUGCUUCGUGAGACUGAGGAUGUUAAUUUAGCUUAUGAAUUACUUGAGCCUGAGCCUAUGGAGAUUCUUGCAUUGAAGCAGAGCAAAGAACGAGCUGCUGGUGCAUUGGGAAACAGUAGUUUACCAAGUGGGCAGCACAGAGAAGCCUGGACAACAAAAGGGCCUUCUUAUGGGGACAUGUACACUCAGAAUGUAAUUAUUAACAUGGAGGAUCAAGAAGAUACACAUCAGCCAGCAAAUGAAGGGAAGCUACCCAGAGAGAGACCAGUUUGGCUGCGGGAAAGCACAGUGCAAGGUGCUUAUGAUCCUAAUGAGGUCACUGAAGGUGGUCAAGACAUAAACAUGUUACAUGAAGAUGAAGAGGGACAGGCAGCACUAGAUAAUAACGAAGAAGUAAUGCGUGCUCUGCUCAUCCAUGAAAAGAAAACCUCCUCUGUCUCUACGGCUGCUAUGGGAGGGAUUGCUCCUUUAUCUGCCACAAAUGCCAGUGAUUCCGAGAGUGAGACCAGUGAAUCGGAUGAGGACUCUCUUCCUUGUGCAGCCACUGCUCCCACAACGCUCUAUGGGCUGCCAGAUGACAAUGAUGAGGAUGAGUUUGAAGUAGUAACUGAAGACCCCAUUGUUAUGGUGGCAGGGCAUCCAUUUUCUUACAGUCAAGUAAACCAGCGUCCAGAGCUUGUGUCACAGAUGACUGUGGAGGAGAAAGAGCAAUAUAUAGCUAUGGGCCAGCGUAUGUUUGAGGAUAUGUUUGAUUAACUUCUGCUGCUGGAAUAGCAGUGAUAGAUGAUCUUCAACUGGAAAUUCUGAAAAAGCAAAAGAAUUAGAACCAAAUAGAGGAGUCAAAGAUCAGAACGUAGGGAGGGAGCUGCUACAAAUGCAACAAGGUGUGAGAAAUCUGCAGUCAAUCCAGAUAUUUCUCCCAUAUUUGCACAUGUGCACACACCGCUGUGUUUAGUCUACAGGUUUUCCAUUGCAUUAUACUUGAUUUUUUAUUUUUAUUUUUUUUUUGCCUGGAAAAUAUGAAUGCUCUUUUGAUGGCUUAUUUUUCUUCCUUAAAAAGAGGAUUGUACUAUAGAAGGCACUAUCUUUACUUUACUCUGAACAUAACUGCUUGUAUCAUAUAGUUGAAAGAACUUACUGCCUUGCAAGCAUAGUGACUAUAUGGGCUCCUUAUUUCCAAUGGGUUGACAAGCUAAAUGCUUGCCUGCCAUAUAUCUCUGGCGAGGGUGGGGAGAAAGAGAACCUGUGGCCGAAGAGAGUAUAAAUACAAUCAUGUUAAAUCAGUGAGUAUUGGGGACUAUAGUGUACAUUUUUUUUCUGCAGAAGGCAUGCUGAAGAUAGUUAUUGUUAAAGGACAAACAAAAAAACACAAUCCAGCCACUGCAAUCUUUUCAAAUUUAUCUGAUUUUUAAAAAAUAAUAUCAGUAUGUGACUCUUCUUUGCUAAUUUAGUAGAUUUAAAAAAAUUUCAUUUAAUAAUUUUGUCUGCAGUGCUAAAAUUUCCAAAGAGGUGACUUUGUUAAAAUAUAACUUGGAUCUAAUUUUUUUUUUUUUUAAUUUGAUUUAUAUGCCGCCCUUCUCCGGAGACUCAGGGCGGCUUACAAUGCGUUAAGCAAUAGCCUUCAUCCUUUUAUAUGUUUUAUACAAAGUCAGCUUAUUGCCCCCACAAACUGGGUCCUCAUUUCACCUACCUUAGAAAGGAUGGAAGGCUGAGUCAAUCUUGAGCCUUGGAGAGAUUCGAACCAGCAGAAAUUGCAGGCAGCUGUGUUAAUUACAGGGUGCACUAAACCCCUGUACUAUCAAGGCUCUUUUUCUUACCUUUUCCAGAAGUGGUAUUAUUCAUCCCAUUUUUGGAUGGUUUAUUUUGUUUCAAUGAAGCCUCACUUAGUUUCCAGAAAGAUUCAUCCCAAAAUGUGGACUGUAUGUAUUUACAUGUUACAUAAUCCAUGAGGAAAAAGGCAAAAACAAAAAAAGUUGCCUCUUAACAAACAAGAAUAAUGAGGAAAGCAAAAUGUUGCCUUUGAUAAAACCUGGAUUCUGUCCAGUAAAAUAUAUGUGUCAUGACUAUGAUAGUCAUGUAAAUGGAUAGUCAUCCAAGUAAAUGGUGGGAAAGCAAUAUAUUGUUUUAAUAGAAAUCUAAACAGCUUUAGUACUUUAAAAAAUUAUGCAGACUUUAGAUGCCACUACAGAGCAUGACAGAGUCUAUUUUAAUAUUUCAGUGGUACCUUCAUAAAUUCAAUUUUGUGACAUUUAACUUUCUAAAACACAUGGUUUUUUAAAAAAAAAUCAUUGUGCAUUUCUUUGGAAUAGUGUUAGACUACAGAUAAAAUAAUUGUAUUUCAAAGCACCAGCAUUUAUUGCAUAUUCCAUUUUUAUAUAUCAAAAUUGUACAAGUUAACAGACUUGCAAAUUGAAAAGCAAGUGACCAUGUGUGUUGCCUUUUAUAACUUUCAGAUACUUCAAUAGAGUCAAAUUUUGUUCCACUUUAAAAUAGAAAUAAAAUAAUGUGAUGCUUCCAUUAAGGACUAUUGUUUUUAGAUUACAAAUAAGCAUUUUGAACAGCUGGUUUUAUUUUACUUUAAUAAUAUUAUUUGAAGAAUUACUGAACUAUAUACAGUUGUUCCCACAAAAUGCUUGUCUGUCCAUCACAAUGUCCUUGUCCUAUUGUGUAUUUGUAUUUCAUAUUAAGGCUGUAUGAAUGAGUAGAUCAAAAGUACGUCUUGCAUUCAAAUACCAUUGGGAAUGCAGAUCUUCUGGAGAAUUUGACCAUGAUGUAUUGUAUUGAUAGUUAAAAGCAGUCUUCCAACUUGGUUGGUCCCUCUUUCAAAUGGAAGAAAGAAAUACACAAUUCAAGGGGAAGGUUGCUCACCACUAAAUGUCACUGCAUCAGAAUUAAAUCAUUAUGAUACAGAUAGUAACAAACCUGAAGUGUAAUUCUUUAUAUAUAUAGUAUAUUUAAUACUGAGCAUGUAGACAAAAAGUAUUCAUAGACACAAAGGCUUGCCUCUGGAUGUGGUGGAUGCUGGAGGUUUUAAAGAAGAGAGAGGACAAACAUUUGUCCAGAAUAGUAUAGAAUCUCCUGCUUGAGCAGGGGGUUGGACUGGAAGACCUCCAAGGUUCCUUCCAACUCUGUUAUUCUAUAUUCUCUGUAAAUGCAGCAUUUUAGAUUCAAUUGCAAAAAAAGACACAUUGGAUCAUACAGUGAUACUCACUUAGCUCCUCUCUGCCUAGUGUUUUUUCACAGGACUGUGUGGCUUCCUAUCACAGCUACAACAUGAUCUUAGAAGAAGAUGAAAUGUAUUUCAUGUGCAUCCCAUGUGGCCUGAAUUACUUUUUGAAUUUUGAAUUUGAAGCUUAGCAUGGGACUAAAACCUUUUUGGAACUUAAGAAAUUCCUAAUUUUAUAGAAAAAUGGAAUAUUGCAACAACUGCUAACAUAAUGACAGUGUGACUAUACUAUAUGGGCUGAGACUUUUCUCAUGUUCUUUUGUACCUUUUCUCUGCCAUGUCUUGGACCCUAUUUAAAAAUAUAUUUCAUAUAAGACCCUAUUUCUAAUUUUUAAAAAUGCCACUGUCUGCCUUUUAGAAAACAAAACUAUUGUUUUAGUAAUAAAAAGUUGGAUAUUAUUACUAGAAUCAUAGAAGGGGCUACUGAGUCUCAUCCAAGCCCAAGACGAUACCACAGUGGUCUCUUUCCCUGGUAUUUGUUGCAAUCUUUUUUUCUUCCUCAUCCCCAACUAUAAAAAGAAGAAUAAAAAAGGGAAUGCAUCUUUCCCCUUUUUUUAACAAAAAGGAUGGGGUGAAACGAGCACAAACUCUACAAAUCCAGCAAUAUACACUCAGUUUGCAGAAACUGAUGCCAUCUGAAGCAUGUUACCUGACAAUAUGGAGUCAAAAUUGCUUAAAAUAAUUAUUACAAAAUAUUUAACUGAAAAAAAACAUAGAUGAGUGUUGGGCUUAGAGAAACAGGAUUAGAUUCAAAGAGUAAAUGUUAACAAAGCUAAGCUAUUGAAGAUUCAGCUUUGGAGAAAAUAGUAAAAAGAAUCAACCCUCUUCUGCAAUACAGUCUAGAAAACAAGGUGCAUUGGAUUUACCUUAAAAUCCUGGAAUACUCCCAUUCACCAACCUGGAGCUUCUUUCCUUUUCUUCUGAGUUACAUAAUUAUUUUUUUUAGGAUUUAAUUAGUAUAAUUCCUGGCCAUAUUGGAUAAACAAUCUACUUGAUUGUAGAAGUGUUUAUUCUGAGCUGAUGCAGUGGAAAUGAUUUUAACGGACAGUUGAGGUAUUUUCCAUACUUUUACCCUUUGGACCCAGACAUUAAGAUGACUAGAUCUGCUCAGCUCCUCCUCUUUCUUUUCUUAUAUUCACACAUAUAUUGGGGGCUGUUCACUAAGUUCCUUAUACCAUUGUAGGGUGAGCUCCAUGUUGGAAAAGGCUGCCCUAAACAAAGACUGAAGUACAGUAACUAUGUAGCAUCAGAAUAAAAUGGUGAAUGUGGACUCAAUUUCUAAAAGCAAGUGACCCUGUGUGGCAUACAACAAAGCUCAAGCAAUAUCAAAUACCAUUAUUUUUUAAAAUAAACUAAGAACAGAGCUAAAAUCAAUAACAGAUGAAGUGAUGUUAAUAGUAGUGGAGCCACCUCAUUAAUUCACUGGCCCUUGGGGUUCCCAAGGCCUACUGACAUCACCAAGUCUUGAAACCAGAAGUUUGGAAGUGAUAAGGCCACCUCGGGGGAAGAAGAUUCAACCACAUGGACCUCACAAUAGAAAAGGCCCAUUACCUAGGGCCCACCAAAUGUAAGUUCCUAGAAAACAACCUAUAACCUAGCCCACUUUGCAGAUUAAAUCACUGACAGUCCCUCAACCCUAUCCCAUGCCUUGUAGGGGUUUAAAGGUCAACACCAGCACCUUGAAAUGAACCUAGAAACACACCAGUAACCAAUGCAGCCUGUGAAACAAAUGUAACGUGUUCUACCAGAAACACAUAACUGCUUGCAUUGCUGCAUUUUGUACCAACUGAAGUUGCUGCCCCUUCAAGGGCAGUCUCAUGUACAGCAAAGUUUACAGAUUCUGCUAAGGCAAAUCCAAAGAAGUCACAUUACGAAUUUGUACAAGUGAAUUCAGCUGUAACCUUUUAAUAUAAUUUAACAGCUAUUGCAUGUUUGAAGGCUGCAAGGGAAAAAAAUGGAAUUGCUUUCAGCAGCUUGCAUUGUUGGCUAUUAAUCAUGUAAGGCAAAUAAAUUUGAGGCUGGCUAAGAGUCCCAGUCAAAAAUAAGUGAACAUUUUGUUUCAGAAUAUACUACAAUAUUAGGUUAUCCUUAGGUAGUUAAAACAGCACAAAUUUAUACACAUUGUUUGGGGCAGGAGAGCAGGGAAAGACUUGAGAGCGCUGGCCACAAAUUUGUUGUAGCUAGAACUAGAAAAAAACCAUACAGUAUUUACACUCAAGCUGUAUUAUAUCUUCUCACAAACAAUAUCACUUUGAUAUCUUCACACACAAAAAAUUGUCACUGAGAAAAAAGAUGAGAAAGAACAAACAUUCGUGAUAAUAUAUAGCCAAAUUGCUAUUAUCACUAUUUUCAGUAUGAUUACUUUUGCUACCUUAAUUAUUCGUAAAUAUUUUGCCUGGUUUUAUUAUAUUCAUUCUCAAGAUUGAGAAUGUAUAUAUGUAUAAAGCCCAAGCCAAACAAACUGCAUAUUGGCCUAGUUAUUAUGGCAUGUGAGCCAUGGUGUAUCAUACAAUGCAAUAUUGUGAUCUCAGCCUAUGUAUAUUAUACACACCUUUGUUGGCUAGUGUGAUGCAUGAUGAGGCAAAGGAAUUGGCAAAUAACCUCUCCACUUAUUUCUUUCUAUCUAUUGCUUUUCUCAUCCUCCGCAACUUUUUCCUUCAUCUUUUAGUGGCUUCUUUACAGCACUAUUUACCAAAUAUCUGCCUUAUUUCCUUUUUUUCUUCUUUGUGAUUUUCUGUCGAUAAUCUUUAUAAAAUACUUAUUGGAGUAUUCAACAUUUCAAAAUGUGGAAUUCAACAUUUCUUUCAGUACGAAUCAAGUUAACUUUUUUAAUUGAGACAUGCUUCAAAUGAACAUUAUUUAAGUGAAGAUAAAAAUAUACACCAAAAUUGUAAACAA